CGUCUGUACUGAAAUGGGUAUUUACAGCGCUGUGAAUGAAGCUACUCCUUUGUUUUUCUCGUAUUUAACAACGAAAUAACAACUUCAAACUUCAUCCUGUCUAAACAGCAGGUGUCGAGGCUGCCGUAUGCGAGAGUUUAAUUCACCUGGACACGUAAUAAUAGAGCUGCAGAGGAUCAUCUGACCUCAGCUGCCAGGACUGAUAUCUAUCAUACUGGAGUCAUUUCAUCUGUGAACAUGAAGACGGAUAUCCCUUACAACCAGCUGAUGGACUUGGAGUGGAGGAGACAAGAAUCCAACAGGAAGGCACAGGCGUAUUCUCGCUGUGUGAUAGCGCUGGCCACUGUGGCAACAGUGCUGCUGGCCGCCACGGCUCUUUAUAACAUCCUGACACAGAAAGAUCCCUCCAGCCACCCUACACUGAGCAGCAGCCUCCAUGUGGGCCAGGGCGAGUCCUGCUCAGACCCCUGCAAGAUCAUUCUGUUGGAGAGCAUCCCUGAAGGGUUGGAGUUUAAUUCCAGCACCACUAACCCCUCUAUCUACCAGGCGUGGCUCAAUCUGAUGAGCGAGGCUCGCAGCAGCAUCGACAUCGCCUCCUUUUACUGGACGCUCACCAACAAAGACACCGGCACUCACCAUCCAACAGCCUAUCAGGGUGAGACCGUUCUAAAGGAACUAGCCAAACUUUCAGGGCAGUUGUCUGUUCGCAUCGCCGUCAACACGCCACAGGAGAGUCAACCACAGGAUGACCUCAGACUGCUCAACGACUCAGGAGCUGAUAUCAGGACAGUAAAUAUGAGACAACUGACAACAGGGGUCCUCCACACCAAGUUCUGGGUAGUGGACAAGAAACACAUUUACAUUGGUAGUGCCAACAUGGACUGGAGAUCCCUCACACAGGUGAAGGAGCUGGGCGUGGUGGUCUACAACUGCAGCUGCUUGGCGGCAGACCUGGGUAAGAUCUUUGAAGCGUACUGGUUCCUGGGGGAGAGUCAAUCAAUCCCGUCACCGUGGCCCUCCAGCUUCUCCACCCUCUACAACAAGGACACCCCCCUGCAGCUGCCACUCAACGACACGCCGUCCAGCGUCUACCUGUCGAGUUCCCCUCCGUCCUUCUGUGCAGCCGGCAGGACCCCGGACCUUCAGUCCAUCCUCAGUGUGAUGGAUGAUGCCCAGAGCUUCAUCUACAUAGCUGUCAUGAACUACCUGCCCACAAUGGAGUUCUCACAUCCUAAAAGGUACUGGGAAGACAUUGACACCCAGUUGAGGCGAGUUGCAUACGAGAGGCAGGUCAAAGUGCGCCUGCUGAUCAGCUGCUGGGGCAGCACCCAGCCGGUCAUGUUGUCCUUCCUGAAGUCUCUGGCCUCGGUUUACGACUUCAAGACCAAACUUGACAUCCAGGUGAGACUGUUUGUGGUGCCUGCCAGCCCUGAGCAGAAAGAGAUUCCCUUUGCCAGAGUCAAUCACAACAAGUACAUGGUGACUGACAAGGUUGCUUAUAUAGGUACAUCUAACUGGUCAGGGGACUACUUUGUACACACAGCUGGCUCAGCAUUGGUUGUCAACCAGACUGCAUCACAGUCCCAGGAGCCAACGGUCCAAUCACAGCUAAAAGCCGUUUUUGAGAGAGACUGGAGCUCUGACUACAGCACUCCUGUCACCCAGCACACAAACCUCAAAAAUAUCUGUUAGUUCAACCAGCCGGUAUGACAGACACCAUAUCAGUCUGCGUCAACAAAUCACUUCUGUUCAACACAUAUUGCAGUGCAAUAGCUCACACAUUUAUUUUAGUAUUCAAAUUAUUUUGCACUGCUCAGCUGAAUCAACUGUUUACACAGUGAACGUGGAACAUGGAAAUUCCUGAGCUUUAAAAUCACUUACAGCCGACUCCGUAGCGGAGAACCCUUUCCUCAUUUGCUCGGGUCCAAAAGAUUGUGGACUUACAGUAAACCUGGCCAAUCACAGCUGGAGACAGAUGAUCAAACCAGUUAACUGCCCAGUAGUGCCAGUGUUACACUGCUUUCCAGUGGCACUUGAAUUACAUUUCUUCUGUCUUCUGUUUCUAUCCAAACUUACAGGAUUCAAACUACAUUUGUGGGUAAUUAGCCUGAUAACAAUUUCAUUACUGGCAUGAUUCAUCAGAUUGCUGCAACAUUCAUUGGUCAGCAGUCAGAAAGUCUUGGGACAAAUUACCUGCAUCGACAAACCAUGAUCAGGUAGUCUUCUAAUGCAGAGCCUCCGGUAGACACUGUAUACAGUGUUUUUAAACCUAUAGUCAGGAACUUUAUACAUAUAAAUGAAUGUUCGUUACAGUCAAACCUUUGCCAAACAAGUUUGCAUAAUGUUGAUUUAAGCCGAUCACCUCCAGAUAAAUCUCUGUGUGUUUCACAGUAUACUGCAGAUGUUCUAUGGGCCUGAGCCAGCUAAUGACCAGUUAGCUCUCUGCUAACUUGAAUGGUGAUAGAAUAGUUUAAUUGUGUGAUUCUUUUAGACUUUCCAAAUGUUAUCAGGCCUAAUGGAUCAAAUUCUGAUUUAGCAAGGGAUGGGUGACGUUCUAAACAAUUUAUCCUGCAUUUUACAGUCAAAACACUAUUGUCAGAGAGCCUAUGACUUAAACUCAUCUCUACAGUGUUUUUGUAAGUACUCUCACUGCCAGAAGGGGGAGACAGACGUCCCUACACUGCAACUUCAACUCAGAGCUGCACCAUUGUGCAGUGUCUGUUAUGUAGUGCCAGUAGCAGUAGGGGGCACUGUUUCACCUCUCCUGUCAAGUCAACUUUUUGUGGUGGCACAUUGUUUUCAGAUCGAUUUAUUGAUAACUGUUCCAGUUUUGAAGAUCACUCCCAAUGCAAUGCUUUUACAUAACGUCAGCCUCAGUGGGAAAUUUUGAAUCCCACCCUCUCAGGGAGUAAAGUUUGAGUGUGUCUUAUCUGAUCAUUAUAGUUUGCUGCAACUUGGGACUAAUUAAUGCUUAAACUGGUGUGCUGUUCCUGUAAUGUAAAUAAGAUGAGCUUUAGAAAAUCCACUCUAAGUCUUCAGGACUGUUUUUAAAAAAUUGAAUUCCUUUAAGCAGUGAAUACAUUACACUUUAAGUUUGCUUCAGGACCUGAUGAGGAUCAACGAAUUUAAUUUCCACUGUGUGGAGUGAUUGAAACUACCAAUUAAUGGAGAAAUGGUUGUUAUGGCAACUGUCCAAAUAAGCGUGUUUACAAGUAGCAGUAUGCUCAUAAAAAAUGCUUGGGGACAGUUAUUAUGUAUGUCAUUCUCUCCUGCCUCUUUUUAAAGCAGUUACUCUGAAUAAAUGUAUCUGAAUCAAACCUG